GCCCCGCCGCCCCAUCCAUGGACCGCCGGCCGUUGGGCGGCGGGACCGUGCCGCCGCUGUGAGCCCGGCCGGGGAGCGGCGGAGCCCCGUGCCGCGGGCACCAUGGACAGUAUCCUGGAGCCCUUCGCCGCCGAGCGGCUCUUCCCCGCCGCCGGCCCCGGCUUCCUCGACCUGGGCGACUUCAGCGAGGCGGAUUUCCUCAGCAAUGUGCAUUUCUCCGAGAACCUGGAUCACUUCUCCGACAACAUGGAGGAUUUCUCCAACGACCUCUUCAGCAGUUUCUUCGAUGACCCAGUUCUGGCUGAAAAGAACCCGCUGCUGGACAUGGACCUGGACCCACCCACUCCAGGCAUCCAGGCAGAGCACAGCUACUCCCUCAGCGGAGACUCUGCUCCCCAGAGCCCCCUCAUGCCUGUCAAGACUGAAGAUAAUGCUAACGAGCUGGAGAAUGGAGUGUGGUCUCUGGGGCCCAAGCUCUGCUCCAUCAUGGUGAAGCAGGAACAGAACCUGGCUCUAGACCCGCCUGAGUCCCAGCUGGCUGCCAGCUCCAGACCUGUGCUGAACCUCAACCCUCUGCAGAGACUGCCAGUCCCCGAGGAGACUCCCAUUGAAAUGACUCCAGCUCCUGUGAUCAAAGCUGAACCCAAAGAGGUGAACCAGUUUCUAAAUGUACCUGCAGGCAAGAAGACAGAAUUUGCUGUAGAUGACCUGGUGCAGAUGCCUCCAACUCCGCCCAGCAGCCAUGGCAGUGACAGUGAUGGGUCCCAGAGCCCUCGGUCCCUGCCUCCCUCCAGCCCAGCCCGACCUGCUGCUCGCUCUUCUACUGCCAUCUCCUCCUCACCUCUCCUCACAGCACCACACAAAUUACAAGGGACCUCUGGCCCGCUGCUCUUGACUGAAGAGGAGAAACGCACCUUGAUUGCUGAGGGUUACCCCAUUCCUACCAAGCUGCCCCUCACCAAAGCAGAGGAGAAAGCACUGAAGAGGGUCAGAAGAAAAAUAAAGAACAAGAUCUCUGCUCAGGAGAGUCGCAGAAAGAAGAAAGAAUAUGUGGAAUGCCUAGAAAAAAAGGUGGAGACAUACACGACAGAAAAUAAUGAACUCUGGAAAAAAGUGGAGACCUUAGAAAGUGCAAAUAGGACUCUGCUUCAGCAGUUACAGAAGCUGCAGGCUCUGGUAGCUGGGAAAGUCUCCAGACCUUACAAAAUGGCUUCCACUCAGACCGGGACCUGCCUAAUGGUGCUGGUGCUCUGCUUCGUUCUCAUCCUGGGAUCCCUGAUGCCCUGUCUCCCAGAGUUCUCUACAGCAUCACAGACAGUGAAAGCAACACCAGCGCCAGACAUUUAUACAACUAGUAAGAUUCAGUCACGGAGCCUCUUGUUCUAUGAUGAGGGUGCUGGCUCCUUAGAAGAGAGCUACAGCUCCUUCCUAACCAUGGACCAUCCUGAGGGGUGGGAGGUUGAAAAAGGGCAGUCUGACAAGCCAAGGCCUCAUCUGGCGAUGACACAUGAGACAGCCAAAUACAUGAGCAAAUCCCAUCUGGAGAAUCCUGACCAGAACCAAACUGACCCAACUCUAACCCACCUCAAAGAGCAAUUUCAUGAGAGGGAAACAAGCUCCAGUGAGACAGCUGAAUACUUGUAGCAGCUGCUGGACCUCAAGGCCUCGUCUGUCUGAUCGCAGGAUUCCCUCCUCACUGACCAACUGAGGGGACUUGGUGGGAGAGGACACUGCAUUCAGACACUCCUAAACUGGCCUUGAGUUCAGCUCCUUCCCAUCCCCAUGGUCCCCUUUGAGAGGAGUCACAGGACUGCCAGAACCAGUAAUAAACGUCUGACGAAGUCCUGAGACGCCUUCUUCUCCUGGCCUUAUCUCCUGCUUGAAUGAGCACUACCCUAUGGGUGUGGGCUCACCAUGGAAUGGAGGGAGGUCAAGAGUAUGCCCUCAAACUAUUCAGCUCACUCCCCAAAGCCUCCAUGGAGGCUGUCCCUGGCCACCUACCCCUUGGCUACAUCCAAUGCACGUGAAAGAGAGAGAGUUUUACUGCUCUGCUUAAGGGACUUUGAAAUGGGUGAUGCUGGGACUGGAGAGUUGACUCUGGAGAGUUUGAGCUCAUUCCUUCCUCUCCAUCUGUUAGUAUACUUCUGCCUCCAUCAAGAGAAAACCUAGCUCUUCCUUGCUCUAGCUUUCUCUUAAUGGAUGUGCCUACAUAACUUCCACGCCAAAUAUCUGCAAAGAUCUGCACACAAACGGAGUGGGGGAGACAGAUCCCAGAUCAAGAUAAACCACCAUGAAAAUUAACUGGCAGCUUCUGGGCAACCAGAACUCUAAAACAGGGAGAAGUUUUUCCCCACAGCCCCAUUCUCUCCACCCCCAGCACCUUUGUUUUGGCAGAGGUGGUUUAUUUUCCUUUUGGUUCCCAGCUUGGGCCCUACAGUGUGGUACUAAUCAGAACAGUGCUUUCCCACUUUCUAUUCUACACACCCCCUGCUUUGAGAGUGAGUGUGGGAAAUCCACUUCCACGAUCCUAUCACAGCUCUCCACCAAAUUCUGCCUCAUGCCAAAUGAGAUCCUCCUAAGAACCGUGAAGAAGAAAGAACUCUGCAACCUAUAGAAGAGCUGCAAUAGAACCAUAAACCCCCUCAUAUCCUGAUAUCACUGCUGGUGCCCAGUAGCUUUGUGAACACCACUGAUGACAUACUGGCAUCUCUGGAGACUGUUACUUCUGCCAGGAAAGAAGUGUCACAUUUGAAUUGGCCAGAGUCACCAAAGACUCUUUUAGCUCUCCUCCUGCUAAGUGCCAGCACCAAAGUCAGCAAUCUCUUCCCAUACCACCUAUCAGGCCAGACUUUUCAAAUUUAGUUCUUGUAACACCAUAAUGCAAUGGAAAGUACCGCAAUAUAGGAUAACAAAGUCUUUGGGUACAGCAAAUGAGGACAAGCCUAAAUGCAGCAGCUAUGGCUACAGAAGUGGAGAGGAGGGGGGGUAAAAAAAAAAAAAAAAAAAAAAAAAAAAAGCAGCCUACCUUUGAAAAACCUCCAGCAGUCAGGAAUAUCUAUCAAGAUACCUUUACCUCCAUUUCCAACCCUUAAAUGAGGUCUGGGAAGGGGUGGAUCCUGGCUCCACCCCUUCCAGCCACUCAGGUGCAUUGUGCACAGCUGAGCUCCCCUGGGCUGGCCCUGCCUUCCCACCAGGUGCUCAAUCACUGGUUCAAGCCGUGACUUAGCAUUUCUGCUACAGUGCUGAAAUGACUUCAUCUCAAACGUGUUCCAUUCUCUUUAGCAUCCAGUCAUCCACUUUUCACCCUUUUUCCUCCCUUUUCCUGCUGAAAGGCCCAAGUGUCUCCUCGCUCUGUACCCUCAGCUGUCCUUUGCUAGAAGGACAAUGUGGGACUUGAAUUUCUGAGAUCUGGGAUGCAGCAGAUUGCAUAUGGGAAUCUCUGUGUGUGCUCCACUAGACCUCACAGCAGACAACCUUGAAGCUUGUUUUGCUUUAAGUGACCUGCACUUAGACCAUGCUGCCCCAACCUCUCUACCAGUCUCACCCCCUGCUCAAGAACUGGAAGAACUGAGAGAAUGGCCCUCACAUCUCUCUCUGUCCCCUCUUUUGAAAACUGCUUUUGCCUUGGAAGCCACUUAGGACAAAUUUGGACACAACUAGCUGCAACCACACAUGCUUGGCCAGUGGGAUGAGGAGGAAGAAGGCCUUCAGCACAGCUCUUCUCAAGGUUCACACAGGAUCUGCUUCUCACCAGAUACCAGAGUGCUCCCAAUCCUCAGCCUCUACCCCAGCAUAAAGAACCACUGCUGGGUCCAAGCACACCCUCCUCCACCCCAGCACCUCCACUGUGCGUGUCCCCAUGCCUCCCACUCCCAUCGUUGUACAGAGACCAAGAGCAGAACUCGUUUGUACAUAAUGAAACUUAUUUUGUAUUAUUGCCGAUCCCUUAAGAUAUUGUAUUUUGGAAACUCUCAGAUCCUAUUUUCAGUAUUGUAUUUUAUUAAGAAUUAGUGCGGGCUUAGCAUCUAUGAACUCCUUUCUUGUUAGCAGCUCACUUUCUCCUUGUACUCCAGUAGCUGCCUCUUCCCUCCUGUUUUAUGUUUCGUUUUGUCUUGUUUACUUGUGGGUUUUUUUUUUCAAGCCAUCUUUUCUCUUUCUUCUAUCACUUGCUCUGCAUUUGCUUAGACAAGCAAAAUAAAAAUAAAAUAAAAAGAUGCAGCAUCAA